UGCCAUGGCCCCACCCCGCUGUCCCCAGCCCCGCGCUGGCCCUGCCAGGCUGGUGUCCCCUGUCACCCACAGGUGCCCAGAUGUCCCAGCUCCUCCUGGAGCCCCCCUGGAGGCCGGCGGUGCUGUGGGACCAGGUGACACUGACCUGCCAGGGCUUGGGGACCGCCGGUGACACCACCUGGUACAGGGACGGGCAGCGCUGGUGGCAGAAGGGAGGCGACCAUGUCACUGUCACCCUGAGUGGCACCUACACCUGUGACAGACCCGGCAGCGGGCACAGCCCACCUGUGACAGUCUCACACGACUGGCUGGUGCUGCAGGUGCCAGUGCGGGAGCUGCUGGAGGGGGACAUGGUGACACUGCGCUGCCGGGGCUGGAGGAACCGCACGGUCACCUCGGUGUCCUACCGCGAGAGGGAGAAACUGAGGGAGCCCCACGGUGGGACCGAGCUGUCCCUGUCCCCUCUGCAGCUGCACCACAGCGGCAGCUACAGCUGCAAGGUCCUGGUGGGAUCCUGGGUGUUGCAUGAGUCAGCACCGGUGACAAUGACAGUGCACGCCAGGUUAGAGUUGCAGGUGUCGGCGCGGGAGCUGCUGGAGGGGGACACGGUGACACUGCGCUGCCUGCGCUGGCAGAACAACCCGGUCACCGGAGUGCGAUUCUAUCAUGGGGACGAGGAGGUGGGGAGGCCCCUCAAUGGGGCCGAGCUGUCCCUGUCCCCUCUGCAGCAGAACCACAGCGGCCACUACAGCUGCGGGGGCCGGGUGGACUCCGGAGUGUCACCGUGGGCACAGUCGGCACCAGUGACAGUGACAGUGCACGUGCCCGUGGCCAAUGCCACCAUCACCCCCGGUGCCCUGGCACACCAGGUGUGCGCAGGAGACCCCGUGACCCUGCACUGCUCGGUGCAGGUGGGCUCAGCCCCUGUCACCUUCACCUGGCUGCACAAUGGGCAGGAGGUGGCCCGGGGUCCCCUCCUGGAGCUCAGGGACAUCGAUGUGGGACAUUCGGGCACCUACCAGUGCGUGGCCACCAACCAGCUGGGACAGGACGGGCACCGCGUGUUCCGGGCACUCAGCCCUGAGCUGGAACUGGAGGUGACACCUGGCUCACCCUGGGUCACAGCAGUGGCUGUGAAUGUCGGCAGGACCCUCCUGUUCCUGCUCCUGCUCCUGGCUGUCAUCGGGGGCUGUCACUGGUGGCACCGCCAGGGACCCCCCCAGAGGAGGGGGCAGUGCUGGACCCCCACACCGUUGCCACCGAGUGGGCCAGGGUUGAGUACAGGGCCCCCACGGGUGUCCCCCAGCCCUGCCCCACCUCGUGAUCCACAAGUGACCAAUGUGGAGCUGUCGGGACCCUGCGAGGGACAGCGGGACCCCCGUGACUGCGAUGACGUGCUGUGACACUGGGGGACACUGGGGGGCACUGGGGGGCAUCGAUUCCCCUCAGGGGACCCUUCUUCCUCUUCCCAGCAACCCAUGGGGCUGCACUUUUCCUCUCCCAGUGUCAGGGGUCACACAAGCCUUUUCCCUCUUAUUGUACCCGAAAUUCAGCUUUUGAUUAAACUGUGUGAGAAACAA